AUGAAAGACCAAUCAGAGGUUCUGCAGAAGAUCCCGGCUGAGGUUAUGGGUGAAUGGACACCCACGCUCCGUCAGGAGGUCAUCUCAUCUCAUUGCUUUAUUUAUAUGUUGAUACAGACAGACAGCGAGUCGAGAUGUGAAGAACAGAUCUUCUCUCUUAAAGAGGCCAUUGCUUGUACACAGUCAGACUGUCGCUGUGAAUGUUUUCAGCCUGGACGACAUCAAAUCAGAUCAUGUGAUCGCUGUUCUCAUGGCUGGGUCACACACGCUGUCAGUAAGGUGUGCGGUCAGACCGUUGUGUAUUCAGGACAGGUAGAGAUUGUUGACAUUCAUGUGGUGUUUGACAUCAGCAGUCUGAUUCUCUAUGGGACUCAGGCUCUUCCAGUACAGAUGAAGAUCCUGUUGGAUCGUUUGUUCAGUGUUCUCACACACACACAGGUUCUCAACAUCAUACACACAUUAGGUUGGACAUUGAGGGAUUACAUCAGAGGAUACAAGCUACAGGACUCUACAGGGAAGGUUCUGGAUGGCUGGGUGACCAUGAGCCCUGAAGACGAGCUCAUCACCUUACAGCAGUUUUUACGCUUUGGUGAAACCAGAUCAAUCGUUCAGCUGAUGGUUGAAGAGCAGCGAGUCUCAGAAAUCAAAGGUGCCAGUGACGCGUGUGUGAGCACAGAUCAGCGCAGUACAUCGUUUACAGAAAGACUUCACUUUGAAAAUCUCUUCGAUGUGUUUCUGCAACCCUUUAACUACACCAGUCCAUCUCUUCCUCCUCAUCAUCAUCAUCCUGUAAAACAACUACAACACCUCAGACUGGAACCGAGACGUGACACAGAUGAGAUGAGCACACAAGUCGGAGGAGAGAAGAAACCAAAAAUCCUAACCAGAGGAGGAAACUCAGUGCAAACCUCUGACGGACCGUUACAACUGUACAGAGAAACCAUUAAACCCUCAACAAGACCACUGAAGAGUUUUCAUGAUAAACAGCAGGUCGGUGAUGUCAAUACUCAAGUUAAAUUAGUGGAGGUCCCAGACUCCUCUUCUUCAGGGGCACGGGAACGUCGUCACGGAUCGUCCUUUGGCAAGGGUCGCGUGAGCUGCUGUGCGUGCGCAAAGACGUUUUACGAUAAAGGAACAUUGAAGAUCCAUUUUAACGCCGUGCACUUGAAGAUCAAACAUCGCUGUACGAUCGAGGGCUGCAACAUGAUGUUCAGCUCACUGCGCAGCCGAAACAGGCACAGCGCAAACCCAAACCCACGACUGCACUCGUCUCAGCAUCUGAAUCCCCGGUUGACCACGCGGUCUUGCUAUGUCGGCCGCAGCACAUUCAAAAUGUGUGUCGCUCAACCCAUCCCAGAUACCCCAUCACCUGUACUACCUGAACGCAAGAUACCGUUGCCAUCACGCCCCUGUGUUGCUAUGGCAACCAACCAUCAAAACAGCAAGUUUUCAAACAUCUUUGAAACUCACACUUAUUCCGGCUCAGGAGGAGGGGCUAGACGUAAUCGUACAGCCAAUGAGAGAGAUUUAGAUCACGUAAGAAUUACCGUGCCCAAAAAGAAUCCACGUAAGUCCAGCACGCCGCUGAAGUUUAAGAGAGAAAGUACCAAUGAUGAUGAUGAAGCCAGCAAAGUAAAACUCACAAGGAAUCAGAUGAUACGCUGUCGUAACACCGAUGGUGUCACGCUGUUGCCAAGACAAUCUGUCAGCCGUCUCCAUAGUAGCACACAUUAUACUACUAACAGUCAGAUCUGGUGCAGCAUAUCAGAGGAUGAAGAUUACAGUGAGGUUCUGUCAUCCAUAAGCAACUCUCAUAAACAACACCACAGUAAACACCUUCAUAAAACACCCGGCAGUGAUUACUACGGUAACCAUAGCAACAAUGAGAAAUGAACGGAUCCAGAGAGUGGAUGAUGAAUAGAGGAGGACAUGAGGAGAUAUAAUAAUAAUAAUAAUAAUACAUUUAAUUUAUAGACGCCUUACAUGACACUUAAGGACACCAACAACACAAUAAAACAUGAAAUGAAAUGCACAAUGUCAAAACCAUGAAUACCAGUAUUUAAACAAAAGAAAAUCACCAAAUCACUAAAAGCCAGCUGGAAAGAUGGGUCUUAAGGCGAGAUUUAAAAACAAGUAGACUACAACUAUUUUGGACAUCCUGUGGCAGCAAGUUCCAUAAGUAAGUAGAGCAUGGACAAACUUUUUGUUUAGCCUAAGACUAAGUUAGUUAUUUGCUUUUCAUGUGUAGAUGACAUUCAGUGGAGUUUGUCAUCAUCUCAUUGCACUCUAUUCAGCACACUUCAUGUUCAAUGUAUUGCUACUGAGAUAACUUGCUAGUUAAUUUAAUUAUAUGAAUGAAGUUAUCUUGAAUGAGCUCUAUGUCUUUGUUGUGUAGCAUUGUGUUUUGCUGUUGUAUAAAAUUCUUAUCUCUGAUAUUUUCGUGUCAUUGUUAUGAAGAUAUUUGCAUUGCAGUUUCUUAAUCAAAACACCAGUGCAUGUUUAUUCUACACUAAUCUCUUCAUCUGUCUCUCUCUCAAACACCUCAUCUGUUUCUACACACUGUCAUUCUUGUCUCUAGAUUUUGUCUCGAUCCAUGAGUUCAUGAUGUGUUGUGACAGAUUAAUAAAUGCAGGUGAUGUUAAUCUAACAUUUGAUACUUUUCUUAAAUGUUUCAGAUGUAUGUAGCUUCCUUGUAUGUGAUUUUCAGUUUUGUUUUAGUUUAGUUACUGUGGUACAAGAGGUAUAGAAGAAGUGUUUGGGCAGCAUCUUUAUGUGAACACAUACAGCAAAAAAAUUAAUUUCUCUGGCUAAAAAUAUAUGCUAAAUAUAUUUUUGAAUUUGAAAAUAUAUGUUGAUAUGAAGGUUAAAACUAAAUAUAUUUUAAAAAGCAUUUUAAGGGCAAGCAAAUACAUUUCUAAUUGUACAACCCAUUUGGCAAGGAAUGUAUUUUUGUCCAAAAUAUAUUUUAAAUAAAUG